GAGUGCUCAGAGAAGGAGAGAAGGAAGGAUGGUGCGGUUUCACAAAACUUUACACAACCACGUCACCGUCUUCCUCAUCAUCAUCAGGUGCUGCGUUAUUGUCACACUUGUCAAACCAGACUUUUGACACUCUUGACAAGACAUGACAGCAUGUAACGCGUUGUCAUUGAAGACUACUAUUCCAUGUGGAUCCUGAGCAAGGGUGAAGUUUCGCUUGUGGGAGCGAAUUUUUACGCGAAGGUCCAGAGAUCUGAUCAGAGCACCUGUUCGGGCUGGGAUGAGAUGCUAUGAGAGAAUUAUCAUUCUCACAGUUCUGCUGUGUGGAGGCUUCCUGCUAAUGUUCACCGUUAGACAGUCCACAACGGACGAUAACACAUCCCACCAUCUACACAAUGUUUACUGGAGGCUGUUAAGAGCUGAGCAACGUGGAGAGGAAUUAUCAUACAAACUGCUUCAAAUGGUGGAGAAACUAAAGAACCUAAACAACACUGGAGCUAAUCUGACUAUCUCCAACUCCACAAAGGAGUUCUUGGGUCACUCCGUGAGUAACUCCUCAUCUAGACGGUUCUUGUUUCCACAACCCUACACGCUCCUGUACCUGCCCCACCUCUCUAAGAACGACGACAGCCUUCAGCCGAGAGUUUACCUUGGCCAGGGACGCAGUGGAGUGUCCCUAGUGUUAGGGAUCCCCACAGUACGCAGACAGAAACAGAGUUAUCUUGUGAGCACGGUGACCUCUCUCCUUUUCGACCUCACGCCCGAGGAGAAGUCGGACAUCGUCAUCAUCAUCUUCGUCGCAGAGACAGACGGUGCGUUUGUGAAGACCAUCGCAGACAGCAUUCAGAAGGAUUUUCCAGAUGACGUGAAAUCCGGACUGGUCGAAGUAAUCGCACCUUCUCCUUUCUACUAUCCAAACUUGUCUAACCUGAAGGAAACAUUCGGAGACUCUAAAGAGAGAGUGAAGUGGAGGACUAAACAAAACCUGGACUACAGUUACCUCAUGCUGUACGCUCAAGACAAGGGAACAUACUACGUUCAGCUGGAGGAUGACAUUGUAGCAAAAUCAGGAUACACAGAGUCUAUAAAGAAUCAUGUCAGUAAUGUAAACACGGAGCAGUGGCUUUUCCUGGAGUUCUCACAACUGGGCUUCAUAGGGAAACUUUUCCGAACUUCGGACCUGCCCGUUAUUGUGGAGUUUUUUUUGAUGUUUCACAAGGAUAAACCCAUCGACUGGCUGCUGGAUCACAUCCUCUGGGUGAAAGUGUGUAACCCAGAGAAGGACAGCAAACACUGCAAUAAUGAGAAGUCAAAGCUGAAGCGAACUUUCAAGCCAUCCCUGUUUCAGCAUGUGGGUGUGCACUCCUCCCUGCCUGGCAAAAUACAGAAUCUGAAAGAUAAAGACUUUGGGAAGCAGGUCCUCUUUAAAUCCCACCAGAACCCUCCUGCCAAGCUGAGCAGCAGUUUGAAGCACUUUGAGAGUCAUUCUCUGGACAGGGCUUAUCAAGGUGUAGACUUCCUCUGGGUUUUCACACCUAACCAAGGAGAUUACAUUCUUAUUGAGUUUAAUACACCACAAACGGUUAAAAGGUAUCGCUUCAGAAGUGGAAAUAUUGAAGCGAAUGGAGAUAAGUUUUACAACACCACCGUACAGGUGCUGCCUAGUGACGUCUCUGUGAGGAAGCGUGUGGAACAAGGUCUGCUCUCGUGUUGCAAACCUUCCUCUGACGGCUUCGCUAUAAUAGGCUCUUUUAUCAACGGAAUAGCAGAGGGACCAGUCGACGGAGCGCUAGGUGGCUUACAAGCCAUGCGUCUCUAUGUUCAGAGCAGUUCAGAAGCCUGGGCUGUCCUGAGUGAAAUAUUCAUACAAGUUUAAUGAACCCAGACGAGAGGAACCCAGACCCAAGGCAACUCAUCUGCCUUUCUCUGAGCAACAGCGCCCCGGUGGUCAAAAAAACAAAUUGAGGAACAGAGGCAUAAACCUUGAACCUUGUCAUUUGUUAUACGCAGUUGUUUGAGUCUUUGCUCAAACACACCUACAUUUGCACAAUAAGAGCCGUAGUAUAUAUAUACAUACAUAUAUAUUUUUGGAGAUGUUUUACAAGGAUAUUGAUCGGAAUAUCGUUCCAAAACCCAAGUCAUUAUGUUACAUUACAUCACAUCCCUCAAUUCUUGUUCUCUCUCUUGGUCCUUGGCAUCAGAUUUGUGCAAAAAUUAACUUUUCAUGUAUGAACAAAUCUCCUUGUUUACAUGUCAUAUGCAUACAGCGCUCCACUUUAACCUUAUAGUACAUCUCCUUUCCAUAAAACACACCCUAAAGUACGAAAGUGUCGCAACAGCAAGCCCGCCAAGAGGAAACCACUCAUCCGAGAUCCCGUGAAAGAAGUUAACAGAAAGGAGAAGAAGGAAAUAGUUCAAUAUGUAUCAGUGAAAAUAAGUUUGAGGUACUUUAAAUGAAUUUAUUUAUACAUACGAAUAUAUAAAUUGCAGUCGUUUGUACUGUAUACGUCACAUUAAAUUAUUUCUUUUUUCCUUCCUGUGAUGUAGUUAAAUAUCUAGAUUUUUUAUGCUUUUUCUUAGUUUUGAACAUUUUAAGAUAAGUAUUUGUUUUUAAAUAGCAAAAAAAAUAAAAAAAAAUUCAUGUAAAUUACAGGUUAGAGGUUUGAAAAUUUGUCCAGAGAUGAAUUCCAGAGAUGAAUUCAAUGCGUUCCGGAUUCCCAAAGAAAAGGAGAUGAAAGUAGUUAAAUAGCUAGUUUUACAGUGAUGUCACAGGUGGUCUAGCUACAGUAGUUAGGUUAUGCUAACAUUAGCUUAAUCGCAACUGCUAGCAGCCAACAUACAAAAGGUAAACAGGAUCGUUCCAGUUUAGGUUGACUUUAAACAUCUCUUUACUUCACUUGAGCAAGAAGAAGGUGACAGAUUAGCUAAAGGCUAAUGUGAAGUACUUGAAAAGUGUUAGAUUUCAAUUAAAUUUAUAUUUGAAUUUCGGGUUUUUCAGGGGGUUUUUCUUCAAAUCUCAAAACCGUAAGCGUAAUUUAUGUUUUUAUUAACAGCAAAUCUGACCCCUAGACAAAAUUCACCACAGACAACAAGAACCAGGCAAAAACGAAAAAAAACGUAAUAUGUAAAUUAUAUCCCAAAUUUAUACUGGAAUACUUUCAGAAUCCAAGUUUCAGGAGUGUGUGUAGAUUUUGUUGUUGGUUAAAGUUCUAAUUUUUCAUUUCAUAUAAACAAAAACACUAGAAGAGAUGAAACUGAGGAGGAAACUGCCAAUUAGAAUAAACUGUUUUGUUUUGUUUUGUUUUGAUUAGAAUGAUAUGAUUUUUUGACUCACUAAUUAAGAAGAACUAACGAUCAUUUUUAAAUAAUAUCUGAUAUUUUUUUUCUGACACUUUUCUGAUUGUCAAACUUUACUGUUUUUAUUGUUCUAGUC